AUGAUGAUGGCUGGUCCACCUCCCCCUCUAAUGCCACACUCCGGUAUGAUGCUGCCUGGAGGGCCUCCACCACUCCAUCAAGGAAUGAUGGAGUCGGGUCCAGGUGGUAUGAUUGGCCCAGCGCCCCCGCCUCCACCUCGUAUGAUGAUGAUGUCCAGUAUGGAUGAGUACCACCAUCCACCACCUACGGAUCCCCACUACGGAUACAUGAUGGACGGCGGAGGACCAUCACCCAAUGGUCCAGUACCAGGUGGAUCUAUGCGUAGCACUUCGAUGCCUAUGAUGGGGGGCAGUAACCCAGUGAAUCAAAGCCAUGGCAAUACCUGGAUACAAAUCAUGCAGCAGCACUCCUUGUGCCCGGCCUUAUUGAACCAGAAUGAUCAUCCUACUCUGCUACGAUGGGAUCCAUUCGAGGACCUCCUCUGGGUGGGCACACAGCAGGGUCGACUGGCUUCUAUGCAAUUCACGCCUAAUGGUGGACUCACCGACUACACACGUUUUCGGUUGGAGCGUAGUGUGGUUGAGGAGGGCUACGAUGGAGAGGGUGGUGGUUAUUCUCCAAUAUCUAAUGCUGGGGUUGUUGCCUCCUACAACCCAGUACAGCAUCUCUUAUUCGACCAAUCUGGCGUUAUAUCGGUCACUCCCCAUAGCAUUCAUUUUCAUACUAGGGGCGGCGUUCGGCACUAUAUAAUGGACGAUAAAACUAUUCAUAGGAUGGGAUCAAAUGGCAACGUUAUACGCAGUGCUGAGUUCUAUCAACCCAAUCCGUCACAUCUGGUAGUUGGUGGUGAGAAGAGGACAUUGUUUUUCGUGGAUAUGCAAGCGGGUUCCCUCAGCACCUUCAUAGACCGCUCAUCAGUCCUGUGUAUGGGUGGGACCAACGGCAGUAUCAGCUUCGUAGAUGGCAGGGUUCCCAAGGAGUUCACCUAUACCAUUGUUAGAGAAGGGCCAGGCUCCAUAGUGGGACCAGAUGUGUUCUUGAAGAUAUUCGAUAUUCGAACACUACGCCAGGCAUUGCCGAUAUCGUGUCCGACGGGGGCCUAUAUGGCUAAAUUCCAUCCUGCCUUGCCCUGCUCUGUUAUACUCCUCAAUGUACAUGGUAUGUGGCAACAGGCUGACUUCGUCCCUGGAGCGUCACAGCUCAUGUCACCAGCGUACUAUAAAACCGUUGCUGUGGGUCAUCCGAGAGGGUAUAAGAACACAGUCAUUGCACGGAGCUCUAUGUCUGAUAGCUCUACUGUGGGAUCCUGUGGUGAUGGUGUUGGCUCGGGCGGUGGUAAGGAAGUGAUGGGAGAGGUUAUAGAUAUGGACAUAGCUAGUACUGGAGGAACGGCUGCCUUGCUCGAUAACAAUGGUUGGAUACACCUAUGGCAGACAGUAUCUGAGAAUGCUAUGCAGUCCCAGGGCAUGCAUGCUAGAGUUAAUCAGUACUCCAAUCCUACAGCUCCUCACAACACAAGGUCUCGUCACUUGGUGACGGGUAUGCUCGAUGGCUCGACUGACAAUCGUGUAUUGGCCGAGGAAGCCCGUAGCGGUCGGCAGCGGCCUCUAUGUGUGAUGGAUCCUCGUACCAAUAAUAUCAGCUAUAACUACCAAGACGUCAUGCCACUGUGGCCGGUUGGCCUGCAGCCAAUAGCGGAUGAUGAGGAGCAGAGGCAAUAUAAUAAUCUGCCUGGAGCCUACUAUGAUGAUGAACAUGACGGUUGUCGUCGUCUACGGCCCCCACAGACGAUCCUGCCUGCGGUGAAAGAUGCCGCUAAAGCUCAAGGUAUAGAUGUCAGUAAGCAUCCUGAUAGCCCUAGAGUGGCCUCGGGGGUACCAGUGGUACAUAUGAAGAGAUCCUCUACUGAGGCAGUGAUUAAAGGGAAUGCAAUACUAUGGUAUACUACGAGUUUAAUGAACGAGAUGUCUGAGGAGCUGAGGACUAUGAGAAGGGAUAGACGCCAUAGGCAUCCUCGUGCGGAGUCGCAAUUGUCGGAUAUCCUCACUGAGAGUGCGGAGGAGGAGAAGGACCCUAUCACUGGUCUGGCAAGAAUCCCACGACGGUUCCAGUUCACUGAGAUCGACUAUGGUCAGAACUAUAAUCGCUUCCCCUUUGCCAAGUAUAACCGCUCGAGGUUUGUCUGUGGUCUCGACAACAGCUAUGGUGGUGGCAGUAACUGGAAUGGUAUAGAGUUCUGCAACAAUGCCAUUACCCAUGUACCUGAUUUCUCUCCGAAUUUUUAUCUUAGCAAUGGCGUUCAGAUACUCUAUUUCAUCCGUCCAUUGAUGCAAGCAGCCGAGAAGCAUGUCUGCUCUGAGGACGUGUGCGUAUAUUGUGAACUAGGUUAUGUCUUCCGUAUGAUGGAGCAGCUCAUGUUUGCUAGCAACAGGAUCUGUCAAUGUACUCGUCUGCUGAGGACAUUGAAGGCUACAGCCCCAGCCGAGCUUCGAGAACCGAUCGACUCCGAGCAUCCAGCCCUUAGCAUGGGCCGCAAGGGCAUCCUUUUGCUCAAGCACGUGCUACUGUCAUGCAAGCGUACGGCAAGUUCAAGUCCCUCGUCCUCCAUAUCUUCCCCUCUGUCCAGUNNNNUGACUGAUGGUGCGGCAUUCGUUAUUGAGAAGAUUUUGAGCGAGUCCAAGCCGGCUAGCGAGAGUGAGAGGUAUCGCAAUGAACAACUCGAGGCUGCCUUGGAGCACCUUAUGAGCCAAGAUGGAGAGGAGUUUUGGACCAGUGGUCAAUGGAUGACCGAGAGAGGCGGUGGCAGCGACGUUGGUGCUGCAACUGCUACUACUGCGGUAGAGUCGACUAAUGAGGACGGAGUAUGGCUGCUGACCGGUAACAAAUGGUUUACAUCAGCGACUGAUGCCCAGAUGACUUUCACGUUGGCCCGUACGCCCGACACCAAUGGACGUCUAGACAUGUUCUACCUACCCACAAGGGACCAAGAGGGCAAGCUCAAUGGACUCAAGAUAGUGAGGUUGAAGGAUAAGUUGGGCACGCGGCAACUGCCAACAUCUGAGAUGGAACUGAACGCUAGUAAGGCGGUCAGAGUGACUUAUAAUGGUCGAGGACUGAGUAUGAUAAUGAACUUGGCAUCGAUCACUCGAAUACAUAAUACUGUAUCGGCAGCAGCUGGCAUGAGGAGGAUCAUACAACUGGCUAAAGACUACUCUACUAAGAGAGUGGCAUUUGGCCGCAGACUCCAAGAGUUGCCGGCUCACGUUGCUACCCUGGCAGAGUUGGAGGUGGAAGCUCGAGCGGCCUGCUCGUUGUGGUUGGAGAUGGCAAGACUGUUGGGCAAGGUGGAGGCUUCCACUGCUACUGACGAUGAGAUGAUGAUAUUUCGUCUAUUGGUACCGCUAUCGAAGCUGCAGACGGGCAGACAAGCGGUUGAUGUAGCAUCCAAGGGUAUUGAGCUGUUCGGUGGUGCUGGCUUUAUGGAGGAUACUGGUCUACCCUCGCACUUACGUGAUGCCCAGGUGUUGGCAAUAUGGGAGGGCACUAGUAAUGUACAGGCGAUGGAUGUCCUGAGGGUCAUCACGCAGACUACAGGGGAAGCAUUAGCUGCACUUAAGCGUAGGUUUGAGUCGAGUAUAGGAGUUGAUCCCAGGGUUACCUCUCUGUUGGACCAGGCGGACCAUUUACUCCGAGAUGAGUUCCCUGAGCCUCUGGCUCUCCGAGCGUCGUUUCUGGUGGCCCGUGGUGUGUGUGGUGGUUUGAUGUUGGAGCAUGGCCGACAUGAGGAAGCUGUGAGGAGUGACACCAUCGCUGCUGAUCGGUGGUUGAUGGAUACGAAAACCGGUGUGAUGCAUGGUGCCAGGAUGCAUGCGGAAAACAGAGCUCUGGUGUUUGCCGAGGAGGAUUUAUCUCUCACUCACCGAGCUGGUAGAGUGUGUGCUUUGUAG